AUGCUGACCUCAAGCUCUACGGCUGCGCUUCUGCGCAAGCGAAUAUGGACGGGUUCGAGAAACUGUAUACAAUACCGAAGGCGAGGGUUGUUGACCCUUGCUAUUGAGACCUCGUGUGAUGAUACAUCGGUUGCAAUCGUCGAAAAAGACUCGUCUACACACAUUAACUCUACAAAAGUUCAUUUCCUCGAAAGCAUAACUGCAGAUACGCGGGAAUACCGAGGCAUUCAUCCGCUCCUUGCGCUCGAAUCGCACCAAGAGAAUCUAGCGAAGCUCGUCAACAAGGCACUGAAACAUUUGCCUGCUGCUACAGAAACGGAUUCUGGUGGCCCCAGAUCAAUCACUUUAGCGGAUGGCUCUCGACGUCGCAAGCCGGAUUUCAUCUCCACUACGAGAGGACCGGGUAUGCGUUCGAACCUCUUCGUCGGACUCGAUACCGGAAAGGGACUUUCCGUCGCCUGGCAGAUCCCCUUCGUUGGCGUGCACCAUAUGCAAGCGCAUCUCUUGACACCUCGUCUCGUAUCUUCCCUAAGUCGGGCACAAACCGACAGUCAUGAUACCGCUAGCAACUUGCCCACCACACCUGAGUUUCCCUUCCUAUCCAUUCUUGUCUCGGGCGGCCAUUCGAUCCUCGUCAAGUCAUCCUCCAUCACGGACCAUGAGAUACUAGCUUCAAGCGUUGAUACUGCAAUUGGGGAUGCGCUGGACAAAUCUGCGCGGGAAAUUCUCCCCACCACUCUGCUUAACGAAGCUAAAACAACGAUGUAUGGCAAAAUGCUGGAACAAUUUGCUUUCCCCAACGGCAGCUUCGACUAUGCAGAUUACAGUCCACCCAAGACUCGAGGCGAAGAGCUAGUCAAACGCGAGAGCCCAUGGGGUUGGUCUCUCACUGCCCCCUUUGCCAACACCCGCGAGCUACGGUUCGGCUUCUCGUCCAUUGCAACGACCGUCACGAAGGUGAUGGGUUCUAAAGAGAAGGGUGGCCAGAGUAUGUCCCACGAGGAGCGUGUUGCUCUGGCCCGCGAGGCCAUGCGCGUUUCCUUUGAACAUCUUGCUUCCCGGACAGUGAUGGCUCUGGAGGGUCUAAGGCAGCAAGCGGAGAAGGCUGGAGAGCAAGAAAUUAAGACUCUUGUUGUCAGUGGCGGCGUUGCUGCGAAUCGCUUUCUCAUGACGGUGCUGCGGUCAUUCCUUGAUAUCCGCGGGUUUGCAAAUGUCGAUAUCGUUGCGCCGCCACCAUACUUAUGCACCGAUAAUGCGGCUAUGAUCGGGUGGGCGGGCAUUGAGAUGUUCGAGGCCGGCUGGCGGACAGACCUCGGAAGCAGGGCCUUAAGAAAAUGGACGCUGGAUCCACGCGCUGAAGACGGUGGGAUUCUGGGUCCAACUGGUUGGGAGCGGCUGUAA